AUGUCACCUGAUGAUCUUUUGGCAGAUUUACAGAUUGUUUUGAAGGCUGCUUCUACUAAGUGUGAUGUACUAGACGAAAAAUUUCCAUCAAAAUUCUAUGAAGAGAUUCCAGCCAAAAUAUAUGAAUCAUACUUCAAGUUUAUCAAGAAUAGGAGUAACUUAGAAGGAGUGCUUCGAAAUGAGGACAAAUUGGCAUUAACCACUAUAAAUGAAAAAUUUGACAACAAGGAAUAUAUUCCAGAACAACAUGGAAUUUACAAACUAUAUCACGACAUCACUUUAGUUUGUAUCCUAUUGAUCCACUACUAUCCACAGGGGACUAAAAACUAUUAUAUGGUUGACAAAUUCUACCAUUUUGCCACCGAGCUAAUUUUAAGAGAAUGUUAUAAGCUUGGUAUGAUAAUAGAUGCCAACGAUGAUAUUGACUCAACAGAUACUAGCACCAAUACAGAGCUUGAUGAUGUUAUCGGUAAGGAUUUUAUUAAGGUUUCAAUGAAUUAUAAACUUCCCUUGACCCAGACGUAUCAUAUUAAGACAAAAGAUUUGGAUCUUUUCUCAUCUCUCAUCUCAAAAUCCAAUCUAGAUAAGAGACCCCAUGAAUUACCAAAUUCAAAUUUUGAAAUAAAUAACGUUAUACCGCAAACAAAUGUACAAGAGGAAGCACCAAGAUUAGGUUUUGUUGCAGCCAAUACAAGUAAUAUACCUGAUCCAACUUUGACUCCUACGACCAUGUUGACUAAUUUUAGUCAUCCAAAUUGGUAUAACUUACCCACUACUACUUGGUUAAACUAUGAUGAUUAUAAAUCAUGGGCACCUACUUUAAAAGAAGACGGAACUGUCGUCGAUUCUACGACCCGUGGUAUAACGUGGCUAAAGAAAGUUGCUUAUAUGAAUAUCCUAAAGGAGAAAAAAAUAGUGGAAGAGAAGGAAACUUCGGAAGAAAAAUUGGAUAAAGAAGAAACUAUCAUUGAACCUGCAAAUACUGCUGAUACUACAGUUGCUGCAGCCAUCACUAAAACUACCAAUACUCCAGGUACCGCGGAUGCUAUAGAGACACCUACCAACACUGUAAAUACGCCAAAUAUUACCGGCAGUACAAAUAAUACUACUACAAUAACUACCGAUACGACAACUAUUAAUGCUAGGAAAAUGGAAGGUGAUAUGGGAGCCGGAGCUGGAUCUGAAACUAAAAUGCUAGACAUGACUGAAGUAAAUGGAACUAAACCAACCCCAGAUGGUAUAGUGGCGGAUAACGCUGCCGACAAGGAAACGAGCGGUAAAUCAGGUAAGUCCAAGGUUAUCAAACUAGAGAAUCUUUUCAACUGGUCACCAUCAAACUAUCUAGGACAAGAUGAAAUAGAAUCUUUUAAAAACGGCAGACAAGAAAAAUUAGUCAAUGAAACAUUAUUGAAAAUACAAAACUUACGUAAAAAGAGAGUAUCAAAUAGAGUAACUAAGCCUACAGAAGAAGAAACUCAAUUAUAUCACAAAGCUAAAAGAUUGAUGAAAGAAAUAAUACUGGCAAAACAAGUUUCUGAUUUUUUUCCAUCCUUAUGUAAAUCUUUCCCGAUAGUUCAAGCUACCUAUAGUGGUAAUAUUCCUGUAAUAAGGGCACAACAUGCAAGGAAAAGAAGACACAGGAAAUGA